AUGAAUUCUGACUCUACUGUUAGAUCAAAUUUAAAUUCAUUGUUGAAAAAAGCAUUUGAUUUAAAUUGGGAUAUUUUUCUAGAUUUUGAAAUAUCUGAUUUACCCAAAUUGAAUGAGCCAGUGGUCCCUAUUUCGCAAGUUACACAACUUUCUGGACCAUCUGAAGCUGGUUGUUCAACAUCAAAUGUUGUUCAUCCUGAAAGUGUUGAAGUUACUGAAUCUGAGCCUGUUCAAUCCAAAGAACAUACUCAAUCUGAGUCUACUUUACCUGCUGAUGAAGCUGAUCACUUAGAAAUUGAAGCUGAAAUUCAAGCGGUAAUUGACAAGUAUGAUGAUCACAACAACUUAAUUAUGUUCAACCCUUACCUUGUAUUCACAAUUGGACUAAAGAUCAUCCCCCAACACAAAGGAGUGCAAACACGAUAUGCUACCACAAAUGAGUGUAUGUUCGUAAACUUUCUCAGCGCUAUAGUGCCAAAGAAGCCAUCUGACGCAAUGCGAGAUCUUGAUUGGAUUAAUGCCAUGCAAAAUGAACUUCGAGAAUUUGAAAGAAACCAAGUUUGGAGACUUGUACCUAGACCGAAGGAUAAAUCUAUAAUUGGUACAAAAUGGGCCUUUCGAAAAAAGAAAGACGAAAUGGGAAUUGUUGUGAGAAACAAAGCCCAAUUGGUUGCAAAAGGGUACUGUCAACAAGAAGGAAUAGAUUAUGACGAAAUUUUUGCUCCAGUCAUUUGCAUAGAAGCUAUCAAAUUGUUUUUGGCGUAUGCAGCUCAGAAGAACUUCAAGAUAUAUCAAAUGGAUGUCAAAUCGGCAUUUCUGAACGAUAUUCUUCAUGAAGAGGUUUACGUGAGUCAGCCAGGUUUUGUUGAUCCUCAAAAGCCAGAUCAUGCCUAUGUCUUAGACAAGGCUCCUUAUGGUUAA